AUGGCCUUCCACAAAUAUAUACAAGCUGAACCACCAACCAACAAGUCUCUGUCUAGCCUGGUUGUACAAUUGCUACAAUUUCAGGAAGAAGUUUUUGGCAAACAUGUCAGCAAUGCACCGCUCACUAAACUGCCUAUCAAAUGUUUCCUAGAUUUCAAGGCAGGAGGCUCCCUGUGCCACAUUCUUGCAGCUGCCUACAAAUUCAAGAGUGACCAGGGAUGGAGACGUUACGAUUUCCAAAACCCAUCACGCAUGGACCGCAAUGUGGAAAUGUUCAUGACCAUUGAAAAGUCACUGGUUCAGAAUAAUUGCCUGUCUCGACCUAACAUUUUUUUGUGCCCAGAAAUUGAGCCCAAACUGCUAGGGAAAUUAAAGGAUAUUAUCAAGAGACACCAGGGAACAGUCACUGAGGAUAAGAAUAAUGCCUCCCAUGUUGUGCAUCCUGUCCCAGGGAACCUAGAAGAAGAAGAAUGGGUACGACCAGUCAUGAAGAGGGAUAAACAAGUUCUUCUGCACUGGGGCUACUAUCCUGACAGUUAUGAUACUUGGAUCCCCGCCAGUGAAAUUGAAGCUUCUGUAGAAGAUGCUCCUACUCCUGAGAAGCCUAGGAAGGUUCAUGCCAAAUGGAUUCUAGACACAGAUACCUUCAAUGAAUGGAUGAAUGAGGAAGACUAUGAAGUAAAUGAUGACAAAAACCCUGUCUCCCGCCGAAAGAAGAUUUCAGCUAAGACAUUGACAGAUGAGGUAAACAGCCCAGAUUCUGAUCGACGGGACAAGAAGGGGGGGAAUUAUAAGAAGAGGAAGCGCUCCCCUUCUCCCUCCCCAACCCCAGAAGCUAAGAAGAAGAAUGCUAAGAAAGGUCCUUCAACACCUUAUACCAAGUCAAAGCGUGGCCACAGAGAAGAGGAACAAGAAGACCUGACAAAGGACAUGGAUGAGCCCUCUCCAGUUCCCAAUGUAGAAGAGGUGACACUACCCAAGACAGUCAACACUAAGAAGGAUUCAGAGUCAGCUCCAGUCAAAGGAGGCACCAUGACUGACCUGGAUGAACAGGAGGAUGAAAGCAUGGAGACCACGGGCAAGGAUGAGGAUGAAAGCAGUACGGGGAACAAGGGGGAACAGACCAAGAAUCCAGACUUGCAUGAGGACAAUGUGACUGAGCAGACCCACCACAUCAUCAUUCCCAGCUACGCUGCCUGGUUUGACUACAACAGCGUUCAUGCCAUUGAACGGAGGGCUCUACCUGAAUUCUUUAAUGGCAAGAACAAGUCCAAGACUCCAGAGAUCUACCUGGCCUAUCGAAACUUUAUGAUCGACACUUACCGACUGAACCCCCAGGAGUAUCUCACCUCUACUGCCUGCCGCCGGAACCUGGCGGGUGAUGUGUGUGCCAUAAUGAGGGUCCAUGCCUUCCUGGAGCAGUGGGGUCUUAUUAACUACCAAGUGGAUGCUGAGAGUCGACCAACCCCAAUGGGGCCUCCUCCCACCUCUCACUUCCAUGUCUUGGCAGAUACACCAUCAGGGCUGGUUCCUCUGCAACCCAAGACCCCACAGGGCCGCCAGGUUGAUGCUGAUACCAAGGCUGGGCGGAAGGGCAAAGAGCUGGAUGACCUGGUGCCAGAGACGGCUAAGGGCAAGCCAGAGCUGCAGAGCUCUGCUUCCCAGCAAAUGCUCAACUUUCCUGACAAAGGCAAAGAGAAACCAACAGACAUGCAAAACUUUGGGCUUCGAACAGACAUGUACACAAAGAAGAAUGUGCCCUCCAAGAGCAAAGCUGCAGCCAGUGCCACUCGAGAAUGGACAGAACAGGAGACCCUGCUACUCCUGGAGGCCCUGGAAAUGUACAAGGAUGACUGGAACAAAGUAUCUGAGCAUGUGGGAAGUCGCACCCAGGACGAAUGCAUCUUGCAUUUUCUUCGGCUUCCUAUUGAAGACCCAUAUCUGGAAGACUCAGAGGCCUCCCUGGGACCCCUGGCCUACCAGCCCAUCCCCUUUAGCCAGUCGGGCAAUCCUGUUAUGAGCACUGUUGCCUUUCUGGCAUCUGUCGUCGAUCCCCGAGUGGCCUCUGCUGCUGCGAAGUCAGCCCUAGAGGAGUUCUCAAAAAUGAAAGAAGAAGUCCCCACAGCCUUAGUGGAGGCCCAUGUUCGGAAAGUAGAAGAAGCAGCCAAGGUGACGGGCAAGGCAGAUCCAGCCUUUGGUCUAGAAAGCAGUGGCAUUGCAGGAACCACAUCUGAUGAGCCUGAGCGCAUUGAGGAAAGUGGGACUGAUGAGGCACGGGUGGAGAACCAGGCUGCAGAUGAGAAGAAGGAGCCCAAGGAACCCCGAGAAGGAGGAGGGGCUGUAGAAGAGGAAGCUAAGGAAAAAACAAGUGAGGCUCCCAAGAAAGACGAAGAGAAAGGAAAAGAAGGUGACAGCGAGAAGGAGUCAGAAAAGAGUGAUGGGGAACCAAUAGUUGAUCCUGAAAAGGAGAAAGAGCCAAAGGAAGGGCAGGAGGAAGUGUUGAAGGAAGUGGAGUCAGAGGGAGAGAGGAAGACAAAGGUGGAGCGGGACAUUGGUGAAGGCAACCUCUCCACUGCUGCUGCCGCUGCCCUAGCUGCUGCUGCAGUUAAGGCCAAGGUGAGGCCACUCGAGUAUCAAAGGCAGCAGCUCCUGGCCGACAGACAAGCCUUUCACAUGGAGCAGCUGAAGUAUGCUGAGAUGAGGGCCCGGCAGCAGCACUUCCAACAGAUGCAUCAGCAGCAGCAGCAGCCACCACCAAACCUGCCCCCAGGCUCCCAGGCCAUACCCCCAACAGGGGCUGCUGGGCCACCCUCAGUGCAUGGCCUGGCUGUGGCUCCAGCCUCUAUAGCCCCUGCUCCUGCUGGCAGUGGGGCCCCUCCUGGAAGCUUGGGCCCUUCUGAACAGAUGGGGCAGACAGGGUCAACUACAGGGCCACAGCAGCCACAACCAGCUGGAGGCCCCCAGCCUGGGGCAGUCCCACCAGGGGUACCCCCCCCUGUACCCCAUGGCCCCUCACCGUUCCCCAACCAACAAACUCCUCCCUCAAUGAUGCCAGGGGCAGUGCCAGGCAGCGGGCACCCAGGCGUGGCGGGUAAUGCUCCUUUGGGUUUGCCUUUUGGCAUGCCGCCUCCUCCUCCUCCUGCUCCAUCCGUCAUCCCAUUUGGUAGUCUAGCUGACUCCAUCAGUAUUAACCUUCCCCCUCCUCCUAACCUGCAUGGGCAUCACCACCAUCUCCCGUUUGCCCCGGGCACUCUCCCCCCACCUAACCUGCCUGUGUCCAUGGCGAACCCUCUACAUCCUAACCUGCCGGCGACCACCACCAUGCCAUCUUCCUUGCCUCUUGGGCCGGGGCUCGGAUCCGCCGCAGCCCAGAGCCCUGCCAUUGUGGCAGCUGUUCAGGGCAACCUCCUGCCCAGUGCCAGCCCACUGCCAGACCCAGGCACCCCUCUGCCUCCAGACCCCACAGCCCCGAGCCCAGGCACAGUCACCCCUGUGCCACCUCCACAGUGAGGAACCAGCCAGCCAUCUGUCCCCUCACCUUCUCUGUGGAGAUCACAGUUCCAGGAACAGUCCUCCCCCACCAAUGGAACCCUCCCCCAGCCUGGAGAGUUCAUCACUACGUAAGGAAAGCUCCUCCUGCCCCUCCACAGCCCCCACCAUGCCCAGCAGAGGCAUGCAUUUUUAUAUUGGAUGAUUCAAGGACUUCUGUUUAAAAGAUGUUUCUAAUGUCUGGGAGCAAGGGAUAGGACAGGAAUGCUGCCCUUAAAGGAAGGGCUGGGGAAAAGGUGUUUAUACAAAGUUCUACUUAACCACUUCUAAGGGUGCACCCUCUUUAAAACUACUACUUUUUUUAUGGAUAAAAAGAAAAUUAAGCCCUUUAAAAGGAAGUAGAGAGAGAUUUUAAAAAGCCACAUUGGAGAUCCCUUCAGUCCACUAAAAAAUAACUUCUUAAAAAUUUUUUUUCUUUCUUUUUGAGGAGGAUGAGUUAAAGAAAAGGGAAUUAAGGUUCUGAGUUGUGCUCUGGGGAUGAAAUAGGCUAUGAAGCCUAGCUCCUCAAACCCCUUAGUAGUCAACUCCCUUUACCCACUCCACCAGUUCAUCCAUACUAAUCUCUCCUGCUGCUUCCUCAGUGUUGCUGUUUUAGGCCACUCAGCUCAGCCAAUGAUCCCUUUCCCUCUGAAUGUCAGUUUUGUGUUUGUUUUUAAAAGUCACCUGCUUAGUUGA